GAAGCGGCUCAGAGCGUCAUUUUCGUCUCGCUUGCUAAACGAGCAAGUUCGCAUCACUUUUUUCGCGUCUCUCGCCAUCUUGGUCGCGUAGCGUAGUACUUUUCCUUUUGGAAACCGCUCUGUUAAAAUCAUGUCUCACGGUCGCAACGAGUGCCGAAUCUACGUCGGAAAUCUCCCCCCGGAUAUACGCACCAAGGACAUCCAGGAUCUGUUCCACAAAUUCGGCAAAGUAACGUUUGUUGACUUGAAAAACCGCCGCGGGCCGCCAUUUGCUUUUGUGGAAUUUGAGGAUGCUCGUGAUGCUGACGAUGCCGUAAAGGCUCGCGAUGGCUACGAUUACGACGGAUACCGGCUGCGAGUGGAAUUCCCCCGCGGAGGAGGUCCCGGAAGAUACAGCAGCAGCAGUAGAGGCGGCAAUAGUGACCGUGGGGGUGGCGCUCGGGAUCGAGGAAAUCGCGGUCCUCCCGCCCGGCGCUCCCAGUUUCGGGUCAUGGUUACCGGGUUGCCUGCUUCCGGUUCGUGGCAGGACUUGAAGGAUCACAUGCGAGAGGCAGGUGAUGUCUGUUUUGCCGAUGUAUACAAAGAUGGAACCGGUGUCGUGGAGUUCCUGCGCCAUGAAGAUAUGAAAUAUGCCAUCAAAAAGCUGGACGAUUCGCGGUUCCGGUCACAUGAGGGAGAGGUGGCCUACAUCAGAGUGCGCGAAGAUUCUACCAAUAAUGACGAUAGAAGGGGAGGAGAAUAUCGCGACCGAUCGUAUUCACCGCGCAGACGUCGUGGAACACCCACCUACUCACCGGUACAGCGCAGCUUUUCGCGAUCGCGUUCCCGCUCUUUCAACUACUAGGAAUCUGUUAUGCCGAAACAGAACCUGGACGGAUCCUUACCUGUGGAUUCCAAGUAAUUUCAUUGACCUUUACCUUUUGUUUUCAAAACUCUUGCGCAUCAUUGCGCUUUCUUUCAAACUUUUUUCCGCAAGAUCCUACAGACGUAAUCUACCAGAGCUGUUGUGUUUGCACAAAUGCAAACGCAGUAAUCAUAUUGUAAAUGUAGGAGUAUUUUAAUCAUUUUAAGUACAUUCCUUGAGAAGGUAAACCUUUUCGUGACAGGGAAAAUAAUUGACAAAAGAUCAAUCAUUUUAGUCGUAAAAUUUACAAAAAUACUGUAUGAAAACCAGCAUAUGUAAAUGAAAAACAAGUGCUUGAACAAUCUUUAACGGAAUGUUAAUUGAACCAUAUAAGCUUUAUUUUCAUCAAUCAGACAAAGAGUAUAUUUCAACAAAUCAAGAAAAUGUCAAAUGAAUAUUAGUUUGAAAGGUAUAAAUAAUUUCUAAGUUCUCGUCUCUUCUUCUAGCCUGUGAAAUGCGACAUGAAGAUCUCUAUCAAACAUGGAUGGUUAACAUUUAUCAUGAUUAUUUUCACAAACAAUUUCACACGAUGUCAAAAACAUACAGAUUCUAAAGCCUGUUUCUUUUUCCUCCGAACAGGACAAACAGGAUUCUUUCCUUGCUUGUACUGUUGUACCAAGGAUCUAUCUCGCGGUUACGGAAAGUGACUCGAUGGUAUUGUCUCCUGCUAGGACUUGAACACAGGAUCCCAGGAUUUUGACUCGAUGGUAUUGUCUCCUGCUAAGACUUAAGCAAAGGAUCUCUGGAUUUUUUCGAAGGACAUUUAUAUCCUGGGCGGAUUCCCUUUAGCUCAUUCAAUUUAAUACGCACCUUGAUUGGACUGAACAAGCUGAUAAAGGAUUAGGAUUCAUGACUUGCGGGAAAUGGAAAUUGAAACGCUUCGGCGCCGUCUCACUGCAAGGAUCAAAAUCAGGGAUUACAGAACAUAUGACGACAGGAAUCUUCGAACCUUUCUGGAUUGUUACGUAUUGGAAAGCAAUUGCAUAUUUAGUCUUUGAUGCUAGGCUUUCUUUUUAACACUUUGCUUUAUAAAACAUUAAACGAUUUGUUGUUGAAGUUGUAUGAAUACGGCGUGUGUAGACACAAAAUUACAAACGAUAAAUGCGGUAUUGUUUGAACCACAUGGAGUACAAUUUCCGAGAAGGAUAUUUUUUAACAUUAUCACAUGGAUGCAUAGGAAGGAUAACACGAGGCUAUCGCCAGUCGCAUUCACUUUUGGAAAGGAUGUUUGGAUAAACUUGCGAAUGGAGGUUUCAAGACAUGGAGUGCAACGAUGGAUCUCUUGUGGAAAAGGAUAUUUAAACCUUAAACGCCAAGUUUGUGAUUUUCUUGUAGCGCAAGUCGUGAUUUAUUACAACAAUACUGAACAACACUUCGUUUGAUUAUUUUGGAUUGUACGGGCUACAAAUGCUCCGCUUUUUCACAAUUAAAUCAGUCACCCAAAAGUUUGCAUGAAAAUGCCCCAUAGCAAAUGGAGGAAAUGUGGAUUUGGACAAGGAUGGAGUUUGGAUGACGCAAAAGAAUGGAAGGAAAGGACUCCGAGGGAUAUGAUUUGAUUGAUGUCAGUAGUAGUAUGGAAUCGGAAGCCCUGCACAUCGUUUCGCUUGACUCGUUAGGAUUCAGGAUUAAUGGACACCGUGGGAACAGGAGAUCUUCUGUCUUUUCAAGGCUAUUUGUUGAAACUGCACCCCACAAAUUGCGCUCACAUCUUAGUUGUUUGGAACGGUCACAAAACGAUCAGGAAAAAACGGUGUGUAUUACCCAAUACUUAACCAUUUUCACUUUUUACAGUCGGUGACUAGAUACAUAUUAAUAUCCUCUAGAAUGUUUAUUUCAAUCUAACUUCAAUUAUUUUGUGUCGGCUUUGAUUUUUAACGUUUAAAGUUCAUCUCAUAAUUCAAAUUUUGUUCUUUUGGACAAUUUAUUUUUUCCCCUUAUUGCACUUACAUCACGCACUACUGUAAAAUGCGGAUUCGCUUUCAUGUUUCUAAUAGUACAGAAUGCAUGUGGAUUUAAUCAAAUUACUGUUUUGAUCAUGUGAAAGUGCAAAGAUAUCAGGACUUGAGCAAGUUGAAAAUAAAAACGAUGACAAAAUAAGUGCUUUGCAAAAAAUGUGGCGAAACAAGCAACAGAAUGCAGCUGUAUAUGGUUUAAGUGCGGUAGUGCAGUUUUCGAAACGCGAAAUUGACGGGAUUGGCCAGGCACUUCAACAUUGCAUCUUUACCUACAGUAAGUAAGUGUGACGUGACGGCAAGUGUGAGCCUAAUCAAACGAAUGUUUCACAUGCGCAAUAAAUACAAAAAAUAAUAUAC